CCACCGCCCCUUAUCUACUCCAAGCGAUUGGCUCGCCUCUGCCCGUUUCCUUCUCUGAAUCCAAGUGGAUGGACCAAGCGAUCAUCAUCAUCAUCAUCAUCAUCAUCAUCCAUCCCUUCCCUCUGCUACAAGUCUUCAAUUUCUCACUGUAAAUUCGACCAUAUCUGCAUUCACAAAUUUACAGAUAUGUAUCUUCCUUGUAAUCAGGGCUAGGGUUUGUUGCCCAAGACUUAAAACCUCUGAACCAGUUCUUGAUUGAUUGAUUGAUUGAUUGAUUUCGUUUGAUCUUGGGGAUUAGUUAAGGGAACUUCGGUUUCUGCCUGCGACACGAUGAAGGUCCAUCCCGCACCCAAGAAGCGGAACAUCGCGCUGCGGUACGACAUCACUUCGACACUGUCGCAAGCGAGCGCACUCGCCUGCAGGCAGAAGAAGCUGCGGCGACUCCCGCACAUCUUCGCGAAGGUUCUGGAGCUUCCGUUCCAUUCUGACGCCGACGUUCUGGUGGAGGAGACCGUAGAUUGCUUCCGAUUCAUCGCCAACACCGAUGGCGCCAUCGGCGACGACGUCAGGGCUCAUACCGUUGAGAUCUACCCGGGGGUUACGAAGAUCGUGAUUAGGGGGGCCAACGUGCUUGAUUUGUCGCUCGGCGAAUUGGAGCUCGACAUGUGGCGGUUCCGGCUGCCUGCGUCGACUCUGCCGGAGCAGGCUACCGCGGCCUGUAUCGGCGGGGAGCUCGUCGUGACGGUUCCGAAAGACGGCAACGUCGAUGAUGGAACGGAUGGCGAGGAUGGGGAAGAGGAUGUUUGGGGCGAGGAUAACGGUGAUAUCGGCGGGGGACGGCUAGUUCUUGGUGAAGAUUCGGCACCAUUGAAAAGGUGAAUGGAGACUGCAUUAUGAACGAACUUUCACCAUAAGCAUCAUUGCCAAAUGAGUUGCAGCCAUCAGGAUAUAAAGAUGGCUGAAUUCACAUCUCUGCUUUUUGUGAAUUGGUCGCGUCACUGGCCACCAUCUUAAAGAAGCCGCACUCGCUGGGGGGCAUCUCAAUUUCCAAUUCAUGCCAAACUCUGUCUCCUUUUCUUUUUCUUUCACGUACGUUUUUCUUUUCCAGGAAAGAUGGUGACGGGUUUGAUGUUGACCCAAAUAAUUUCAGGAUUUUCUCUAAAUUUGCGUUAGUUUGAUUUGAUUUGUAUUUGUAAUUUAUUAUUUUAAUUAAGUCUAUUUAAUUAAUUGAUAAUUAAAAUGUACCUCGUGCCCAUUUCAUAAAAUAUUAUUUAUAUAAUAUUAUCCAAUUUUUACUCUUA